AUGGUGCGCAGUCUUGAAUCCACACGGCUUGUCAUUUGACCCUGCUUUUCUUGCGUGGGGCUGCAAAUGAUACACAGAAAAGAUUCAAAUAACAGAAGUUGUCUGAAGGGAUUUUAAAGAGAGGAACACAGUUAGUCUGCGUGUUAAAGUAUUAGUUACACACUCCGGUUCAGUGAAUUCAGUUUGUAAGAGACAAACGUCCACACUCGGUCGGCUAAGAAAUACAGCACAGUGUCAUCUUGCUUUUCAUGGUUCUGGCUUUGAUGUUGCUGCUUUGAAUAAGGCCUCCGCUCCGUCCCUCAGUCUUAAAGUCACAGAGCAGAUGUGUUGUCUGCUCAUGGGGGAAUAUUUGUUGUUUACUUCCUCCUGAAAGACGAAAAUAAACCCCGUCCUGCUGACAUCUGUGAGAAACGGCAUCUUUCUGCUUUGGCACAUCACAGCGAGGACACUUGUAAAGAGGCAGGGGGCUAAAUGGGACAGUUUUCAGAAAUGAAGCAUGCCGUGUUACUAUUUAUAGAGAAGAAUAGAAAAGGAGAGAGGAGAGGAGAGGAGAGUUAGUCUUGGUUUUACAUAAGGAUUGAUAUUGUUGUUCAGAGAAUCUGUAGGCACAGAGCCCCAUUUUGAGCCCCCUGGCUACAGGAAUGACUCACAUGAAAUUCAGUGUCUGUGUUGCUGCAGAAAAAUCAGUGAAACUGUGACAAAAAUCUGUAAACACUGAGCCAUAAAUGAUCGCUGUGGGCUUCAAAGCAUGCUCAGAGUUUGAAGUUGUAGAAUCACAAUACAAGUCACUGUGAAUAACGUCAUUUUUGAGUCAUAUUUCUAAAAUUUUGCUGCACUUUUUGCAGCCUUGACAUUUCAGGUCAUUUCUUUUCCAUUCCUUUACACCUUUAGAAUAUCUGUUGCUGAGAGUUAUUUAGUCUUCACUGAAUAUCAGUGAUUCCUCUGCUGCCACAGAUCUCUUGAAUCAUUUAUUACCAGUCAUUUCCUUUCUCAGGUCAGAAUUCAUACAGGCAAUCAGCUCCUACUAUCUGGACUAUACCUCUUUUGCAGAUUACCUUGAAGGAAUAAAUUCAUGCACACAAAGGCAGAGAGACUAGUACAUGCAAAGCCACAAUACUUGUGCUCUAUAUGCAGCUUUUUCUUCACUGGAGUGGAUUUUGACUGUACAAUUGGCAUCUCUUAAGAGUAUAGAUGGGGAUUUCAAUUGGCCUUUUCUGUUAAAAAUGCAUGAAAAAGCUGAAGUAGCAGCUCCUCUUAAGGAUAAAACAUGCAAAUUGCCUGAUCAGUGCUCUCCCAUGGACAAAAAUGAAUAUAAAAAACUAAAAAAGUGCCCCCCUGGAUACCUUUUCAGUGCAUAAAAUGUGAAAAGUUGCCUAUUAGAUGCCCUUCCAGUUUACUUAAUAUAUAAAAGUGCCCUUUAAAUACAUCCCCAGUGCAACAUCUGUGUAAAGGUGCUCUUUGGAUACCCUGAAUUUCAUAAAUAAAGUGCAAAAUGUUUUGGUUUUUUUUCUUUAAAGUGACCUCUGGAUCCCCUUCCAGUAUACUUAAUAAUAAAAAUGGUUCCUCCAGUUUAUUGAAUGUGUAAAAGGGUCUUCUAAGAUAAGAUAAGACAAGAUAAGAUAAGAUAAGAUAAGAUAAGAUAAGAUAAGAUAAGAUAAGAUAGAAAGAACUUUAUUUAUCCCUGAUGGGAAACUCAAUUGCCUGUAGUCUCAUUUGUCAUGUGUCAAAAAGUCAUGUGUCAGAAGAGUUGUAAAGUCUGAUGGCUGUUGAUACAAAAGAUCUUCUAAAUCUUUCUGUCCUGCAGCAAAGAGAGAGGAGCCGUCCACCACCAUUGGCCCUUUGGUCCAUCAAGGUGUUAUGAAGUGGAUGAUCCUUGUUCUGAAGAAUAGUCUCCACCUUCUUCAGUGGAGAUCUCUCCACCUCAUCUUCCACUGAGUCUAGAGGUCCUUUCAUUGUAUUAAAUGUAAAAGAAUACCUCUUGAUGGCCUUCAAGUGCACCAAAUGAAAGAAAAAGUGACCUUUGUAUGCUAUUCUUGCACUCAAAUUUGAUAACAGACCCCCUAGAUGCCUUUACAGUAUGGAUAAUCUCAAAAGAGUGCUCUCUAGAUGCACUUUCAUGUAAGGAAUUUUCUGAAGAUGCCCAUUUGGUACCUUUUUUCCAAUGUAUGUCACCUGCAAAGUUUGUGGGAGGCUUUUGAUUACCCAGAAAGAUUUUGGUGUGUUAUAUCAGUCAUUUAUAUGGUUUAAUCUACCCAAAUAGUUUUGAAAUGAUCAUGUGAAAAAUUAAGUAAAUGCUACCAGGAUGUGAGCCUCAUGCAGAAGAAACGAUUUACUCUAUGUCAUUUAUUUAUUCACUUUGUGGGGUUUUUUGCUUUGCAUUAUUCAAAUUGGUACCACUUUACAUCGUGUGAAUAUUCACCGCUGCAGGGAAUAAUGUGUCGGAUCUCUGAAUCCUCAUUAAAGAUAUUCCUUUUUGAAAAGUUCAACUCAGGUCCAUUUGCUUUCCCAACCUGUUAAACGGUGUGAACACAGAGGGCUGAACACUUAUCUGUACAUGUAUGACAUUUAUGCAGAUGCAGUAGGAGGAAGCUCUACGUGACCUUUUCUCAUUUCCACACAGGGCUUACAGAUCAAUGCCUGUGGGUUGGACAUUAUGGAUACUCCUGCAAGCUGCCGACGCUGUUCAAUCAUCAAAAGGCCAAAUGAGAAUACAGACUAACCCAGCGUGAGAUAACAUACGUCCUUAGAAGACUGAGACACGAUCAGGUACAAAAGGAGCAUGCUUGAUUUUCUUUAUUCCCUAAACUGUCGCGUUAUGGAUAUUUAAAACCUGAGGAUCGUGAUAUCCCUAACUCCUGUUGGACACCCUCACAGAAACAGCAGCACCCACCCACCCACCCAAGGUGAAAUGUCACUCUAAAUGUUUACAACUUCUUUACUUUACCUCCCAGGCUGACAGCUCUACUGGACCCAAAUAUCAUCUUUCAAUAUUUUUACCUCUGCCACUGGCCUCUCUUCAGUUCUUAACACCCCCCACCUGUCAACAAAUUGCUGUUUUACUCUGCUACACAAACACAAACAUCUUCUUCAGCUUGAGUUCUCAGAGGAUAAAAGCCAAGAAAAUGCCAGUGGUCUGAGGUUGCUGACAGAAAUUUUGAUGGGUAUCAGAAAUGUCAGGGUACUCUUGCUACACCUGUCAUUGUUUCUGUUCUUACAUGGAUCGUAUUUGCUUCAAAGUAACUUCUUUUUUGACAGGGUAGUUUCAAAGAGACAGUACAUUCGAUGGAUUAUGUGGUUUCCCCCUUUGCAUGGUAAAGAUUUAACCUGCAUUUAUGGAUGCAGCGAUGAACCGAGUUUACUUAAAGUGUUUUUGUAAAAUCUCUUGAGUACUUUUUGUGCAUUUAGGUUUAAGAAUCAGGACAUUAGCUUAUGCAGAUUUCCUAUUUUGGGCUAAUUCACUGGGUACCAGCAGCCAUCACCUCAUUGUUUCACCCAGUUCCUCUUUACCUGCAAAAAAACAAAGAUGUUGCAGGAGUCUUCAUUUCUGCAGCAGCUUUCAUGCUUUUAUCACCAGUUUUUUAUUUUUCCCUCAAGAUUUGACUCAGACCAAAACCUGCCAGAUCUUAUCACAUUCACAGCUGGCUGUCACACUUUCUGUUUAGAUUGGGGUGUGUCAAAGGCCACACUGCUGCCAUUUAGGAGUAACAUCAACUUGGCGGCAGCAGCACUUUCAUGGCGUUCACAGGUUUGUGGUCAUUAGCACCCGUUGGAAUUUAGUUGGACUCCAUUGACGUUAAAUACUCCGUCAGACAGUUUUUCUGCAUUUUAACACAUUUGUAUGGAGGGUGACAUUUCUUUGCAGAAUCCCAGGGGGUUCUGGGAUAACUAUGUCAACCUGAUAAUACAUCACUGGACUGGGAAAGGAUGAGAAAAAAUACAGAGGGAAAGCUUUUUGCACUAUAGGUCAUGUGCAGUAUGUGACGCUUGUGCUUCGUAUCGUAUCCUUAUUGUGGCAACUUUAAGACAUAAUGCUCACAGGAUAAUUGAAUCAAAACUGCUCUCUUUUUUGGUUUCACACUAAGAUAAGAUAUUUCUAUAUUCGUCCCACAAGGGGAAAUUCCAAAUUUACAGCAGCGAUAAAUACAAAAGAGAAAUUAAAGAAUGAAGAAACUUCGGGAGUUAAAAAGAUUUAGAAAAAGAUUUAUACAUAAGUGUUAUUUACAGCUGUUAAUCACAUGUUGUUAUAUUACAGUUGAAACAUUGAGAUAUUUAUAUGCAUGACUAUAUACACAAAAUAAGCAGCAACCUCUGGUCUUGUGAAAUGGACCUGAUGCAGAAGUGCUUCAAACUGAUGCAAAAGCCUAUGGAACUACAUACACACCCAUUCUUAAAAGCCCGUCUUUACAGCAAUAUUUACAGCCCGGUAAAAAAUGAUUUGGAUUUGGUCUUUUUCUAUUCACACUGUAAGGAAGGCAAUAUUUUUAUAAAUCAUCAACUUUUAAGAUAUUAAAGAUAAAAUUGUUGCAUGAUGAAGCGUAACGAGGGGCAUGGCUGACUUGAGCACACUGCAGCUGUUAGUGAGGAGGUUACAGGCUUUCCUCGACCCAGGAUAUUAUUGUAAACCAAAACUAAACUUUAAUGUCAAAACCUAAAAUAAACUAAAAUAAACUUAAACCAACUGAAAUAAAUUGUAAUGACAGCUGGAAUACUCUUAACUUCUUACUUUAACACACAGAGCAGUGUCAGGAGUUAAAGCUCCUGUGAGAAGUUUUUAUGUUCACAAAACAGACUGUUUUUCAUAUUUAUGCCUUUAAAAUUCAGUUACUUUUGCAGUUCUGACAUUGAGGUGAUUUGCAGGACAUUUGAAAUUUUGAUGGUUAUACUUUAACCAAAAGUUUGAAUAUAAGUUUAUGGAAAUGUAUGUACUUAAAGUAAAAUUAAAGGUCUUUGAUGUAUUUUACAGUCUUCCACUCAUGCUGUGAGACCACCAGAGCUCACACCAAGCUGAUUCAUUUUCCAGCAGCUUUGUGGUUUGCAGAAAGGUGCAUUUCCCUCCCAACCAGCAGAUAGCAAUUAUCGGACAGCGGAUGAUCGAUUUGGGAAACAGAUUGACUGUUUCAAAUUCCCAUAAAGCUGUGAGUCACCUGAAGAAAGAGUGCUAGAUUCACACAUUACUUUCUCCUUCCAGGCUUUCACAUCCAGUGUUGGUGGGUAAUUUUUCUUUGAUUUGGUCCUGCACUUUGUCCAUGAUGGUCAGUGAUGACGAAUUGCCCCUUUAAUUGCCGGUUAAACUGGGCCUGGGCUAGCGGUUGCUAAGUGCCCGGAGGGAGACAGGAAGCAGCAUUAGGACUGCGGCUGUCUGCAGCAUCCAUCUGUGACAUCCAGUGGGUUAGGGAGGGAGGGGUCUGGAAGAACAGCCAGAAUGACUCAUAGGUCACAUUUGCGUGAGUGAACCAGAGACUGUUUGUGUGUCUGUGUGUGUGUGUUUGUUUUUGUACCUGUGUUUGUGCAUGAGGAAUCACGUUCUUGCACUUGCUCAUUAUGCAAAGAUGUGUUAAUUUGUAUGUGAAGGAGAGAAGGAGGCAUCGAAGUUUCUCCUCUGUGCCCUUCUUUCUGCGUCGUCUGUCUGUGAAACAUUCUCUGAGAACAAUUUAACAACACCCGCUCUGAAACAGAAACAGAGUGGCAUUUCUUCUUGAUGGAAAUGUACUUUUUCUGCCACAUUAACUACACUCUGGGUGAGUUAGCAAGCUUUGUGACAACGCUCAUCGACUUCAUAUUCGGUCCAUGUUAAUGCUCAAUAGGAUAUGUAACCAUUGAAAGAAGACUUUACGAAACAGUCUCUGCUAAAAUAAGCCGACCUAAUUAUUCUGAAAUACUUUGUAUUUUAUGUGAGGCUAAUACCAGAGGAGGAAAUUAGAUCAUCGGCUCUGGUGGAAAAAGUAUGACUUUCAGCAGAUUUAUCUUUGUACUCUUGAUGUCAGCUGUCAUCAAGCACAAACGCACGAGUAAAUUGGUGUAUUUGAGUGUUUUUGGUUUACCUAUCUGAAUUGGAUAAUUUAAUAUUUGGCUCCAACAACUUUGUCAAUAAUGUAAUCUGACAGCAGGAGCUCCUCAUGUAAACACACUCAGGCCUGCCCUUACACACACAGUGCUGUUCCGCACUGCCGGACACAUCGCUGCCUUCAUUCGCAGUUUCUGCCUCUGUUGUCACCUCUAACAUUACCUUACACCAACUGUGAGUCUGCUCAAGAAUGAAGGGGGAAAGUGCAGCUUAUCCAAACAGGGCCACACAAAGAUCAAGAAACUAUGACAGCAGUAGCAGCAAGGGAAAAGUGGCAGUUUGAAGAAAUUUCCAAACCACUCGAUGAAGUAGUUGAUAUUUUCAAGUCUGUUGAACUGGAUGGAGACAGAGUAAUAUCAGCCCAUUGCUAAACCUGAAGAGAAACAGCCUUUUCUUCUGGUGGCUGGAUUGAUUGUAUUCACUAACACCUGUACACAGCUUGAGUGGAUCUGUUCUGCAUCAGAGUGAGACGUCCGUGUUCACAGAAGACCUGCACUCUGUUUCCAAACACCUUCUCCAAAUGAGCCAGGUGUGAAAGCACUUUGGCACUUUGCCGUGUGCUUUUGAAGAGUUUCUUCAUCAACACCACAACCCCUCUUCUGCUACUGCACACACCUUAUCUCCUCUUUUGCAGAUGUAGCUACAGCGUGUUUUCAUUCUUUACUCACUUCAGAUCACCUUUCAAUGUGAGAGGUCAAUAAAUCCUGAUCAGUUGGGUCCAAAGUAAAGAUGUCCACAUGAGAUGAAUUAUUCAGGAUCUGGGAUUGACGGUGAUUUGAAACUGACGAACUAUACUGCAGGCUGUUUAAGCUUUAACUGAACAGUCUCCUCUCUUUAAUCUUUCUUUAAUCUUUCUCCUCACAAACCUUCUCCGGCAGACUGAUAAAGUGGCUCUUUCUUACUGUCAGGAUCUGUACACAAGUCCUUUUUCAUCUCAUGCCUGCAGGGCCUGAACAGAAGCUGAUAUCUCUUUUCAUUAGUUGCUUUGUUUUAUGUCUCCCUUGGUGAAUAACACAGCUGCAACCUCCAGACACGUUGCAGAGGUGUGUUGGCUGGUACAUCUUCAGGCGUGUAAACCCCAUCUGAGAUCCUUGAUUCUUGUCAUGUCAAUGCUCACACAGACUGAGUUUCUGGAGUAAAAGAGAGAGGGAGAAAGUACAACAGUGCGGUGCGUGUGCAUGCCUUGUAUCUUUGUUUAAAAAGUCGUCGUUUAAUUCGAAUCACUAAAAUAAAACCUUUGUGCAGGACUCAAAGACUUGCACACACACCUGCUGAUUUCAUGUUUAAUCUCCGAGCUUUCUCCUUCUCUCCUUUUGAAUGUUGUAUUCCACUUCCCUCAGGUGCACUGCUGGUUACCAUGGAGACAAAAGAUGGCGCUUCUCUGGAUGACUGCCCUCCUGAAGAGAGGCUAACAUGUUGUGUCACCGGACCGGGUGUGAGACUCACAGGAGGCACAAGACAAACAGACGCACAAACACUCACACCAAGAACUUACAACUCCCACUGGUCUGUACGCUGCAGAAGAUAA